CCCUGCUACACAAUAAUGAAAUCGGACAACUAGAAAGUGAUGUCGCCAAAGUUUCCUCUACUCCCGCGGGCCGACUCCCAACAAAAACUUUAGACAUUCUGACAUAUAGCAACCAGAAGAAAUGUGCACUAGAAGAAUUGUUCUGUUGUCCUUUGUGUUGGUUGUUCUGCAGCUUUGAAAUCCUAUUUCUUGGACGAAACAAAUGCCAGCACAGCUUGUUUCAAAUCUAAAACUACACAUUUAACAAAGAGACUACAAGGAGAGAGAGGGAGAGAAAGGAAAAAAACCUACUAAACGGACUUAAAAUUACACAAACUAUCACUAAAUUUCCAAAACUUGAGUAAAAGGGAAUAAUGAGAGAAGAAAACAGCAAUGGGUUUAUUCAAACAGUGGAAGAACAGGAACUCCCCAAGACAGAUACAGGAGAUAAGCCUCACCAGUGUGAUGUCUGUGGUAAGAAGUUUAAUAAGACACGUACCUUUCAGACACACAUCAAGACACAUACAGGGGAGAAGCCCUACACAUGUGAUGUUUGUGGUAAGGGGUUUAGUGUAGCAGGAAGCCUACAGACACACCUCAGGAGACAUAAAGGAGAGAAGCCCUACAAAUGUGAUGUCUGUGGGAGGGGAUUUAGUGUGACACAACACCUUCAGAUACACCUCAGGUCACAUACAGGAGAGAAACCCUACAAGUGUGAUGUCUGUGAGAAGGGAUUUACUGAUGGAAAAAGCCUACAGACCCACAUCAGGACACACACAGGAGAGAAACCCUACAAGUGUAAUAUCUGUGGCAGGGGGUUCAAUCAGUUAGUUCACCAAAAAACACACCUCAGGACACAUACAGGGGAGAAGCCCUACACUUGUGAUAUCUGUGGUAAGGCAUUUAAUCAGUCACAACAACUACAGGUUCAUACCAGGACACAUACAGGAGAGAAGCCUUACACGUGUGAUGUCUGUGGUAAGACCUUCAGUAUGACACAAAGCCUCACACUACACCUCAGAAUACAUACAGGAGAAAAGCCUUACAAAUGUGAUGUCUGUGGUAAGGGGUUAAGAUUGGCCCAUCACCUAAAGUCACAUCUCAGGAUACAUGUUGGAGAGAAGCCCUACAAGUGUGAUGUCUGUGGUAAGGGUUUCUUUGGGGAGGGAAGCCUUCAGAGACACCACAGAACACAUACGGGAGGGAAGCCCUACAAGUGUGAUGUCUGUGGUAAGGAGUUUAAUCAAUCAACUACUCUUGUGUCACAUAUUAGGAUACAUACAGGGGAGAAACCAUACAAGUGUGAUUUGUGUGACAAAAGGUUUAUUCAGUCAUCUUCUUUAAAGUCACACCUCAGGGCACAUCAGGGAGGAAAGUCAUACAACUGUAAUGUUUGUGGCAAGGAGUAUAAGGUGUUAAAAUGUCUACAGAAACACCUCAGGACACUUCACAUACAGCAGGCAGAAACCCUGCAAUUGUUAUAUAUGUGCGUAAUCAGCCGCGUACAGUGUCAUGGUUUGUUGUCAGUCUUCCAACAUGGAUUGAGGAAGGAUAGUUCAUGUGAGAGCCAACUUCUCAUCACCGUAGACGACAUUGCCAGGAGCCUAAACAAAGGAGAACAGAUCGACGCAGUGCUUUUCAAUUUUUUGAAGGCGUUCGAUGAAGUCUAUACUGUACUAGUACCCCACCAGAAGCUGCUCGGCAAGGCUAGCUCGAGCUCCACCACUACAGGAUACGAGGGAACACCCUCUCAUGGGGUAAUCACAUCAUCUAGCGAUGCAGCUGAAAUACAGAACAACCUCGACAGACUCAAGAAGUGGGAGGAUGACUGGUUGAUGAGUUUUAACCCCAACAAACUUAAGUGUGAGAUCAACUCGAUCACCAACAAGAGGAACCCAUUGAAGUUGACCUACACCAUCCACGGUAAGGCUCUCCAGAAUGUUUCCUCAGCUAAAUACCUUGGUGUCAACAUCCAGCAUAAUAUCUUGUGGAACAAGCAUAUUGACACCAUAUGCAAGAAGGCUAAUUCCACCAACGCCUUCAUCCAGCGCAACCUGAAGAAGUCUUCCACCGGAGUUAAGGAAACCUGUUUCACCGCACUGGUGCGACCCAUUGUUGAAUAUGGAUCAGAUGCAGGGCUGCUCGUCAUGCAUUGGGUGUCUUUGACCGCAACCUCCAAAAAACCUGCAGGAAUAGGGGAAAAAAAUAAGAUCUUCUACAUUCACACAUGCUGCCAAAAGCAUCAAAAAGGGAUUUCAGAAAGAUAUAACACCUGCAUAAAUUUCCAAAUCUUAGGACAAGAAGACAGCAAGAUACUUGAGAAAAAGAAACUAACCAUGGCAGACACAGGAGAGCGGCCUCACAAGUGUGACGUCUGUGGUAGGGGGUUUAACAAAACUUACAGUUUACAGACCCACAUGAGGACACAUACAGGAGAGAAGCCAUACGGAUGUGAGGUCUGUGAGAGAAGAUUUAGUCAAGCACAUCACCUACAGGCACAUCAGAAGAUCCAUACAAGGGAGCAACAUCACAAGUGUGAUGUCUGUGAUAAGGUGUUUAAUCAGUUACAUCAACUACAGACCCACAUGAGGAUACACACGGGGGAGAAGCCCUACAAGUGUGGCGUCUGUGGUAAGGGGUUUAGGGUGACGCAAUGCUUAAUGAAACACCUCAGGAUACAUACAGGAGAGAAGCCUUACAAAUGUAAUAUCUGUGGUAAGGGGUUUAGUUUGGCACAUCACCUACCGAGACACCUCCGGACACAUACAGGAGAAAAGCCUUACAGAUGUGACGUCUGUGGUAAGGGGUUUAGCUUAGCAUAUCCUCUACAGACGCACCUCAGAACACAUACCGGGGAGGAGCCGUACAAGUGUGACAUCUGUGGGCAGGUGUUCAAUCAGUCCUCUACUCUAGUGACACACGUUAAGAUACAUACGGGAGAGAAACCGUAUAAGUGUGAAUAUUGUGGGAAGGGGUUUAGUUUGGCACACCAUCUACCUAGACACCUCCGAACACAUACAGGGGAGAAACCGUGCAAGUGUGAAGUCUGUGGUAAAGGGUUUAGUCUGGAGAAAAGCCUACAGAAACAUCUUCUCACCCAUUACAUACAGCCACCAGAAACCAUUCAAGUAUAAAGUCUGGUGUACCUACAGCUACAGGUGAUGUCUCUUUAUUUCUUAGGGAGUCUUCCUAUAUUCAACAUUGAAAACUGACUGAAUUAUUAGGAAUUCCUAACUCUAGGAAAAUGUGUUUAUGAACACUAAGAAGUGGUUAUCUUUUGUUUAUAAACCAUUGGAAUCAAUAGCAAGUACACGUGUAACAGACGUGACUGUCUUCUGCUUAUUUAACCUGUAUGUAUUUUGUUUAUUGACGUGACUGUCUUCUGCUUAUUUAACCUGCAUGUAUUUUGUUUAUUUCAUUCAUCAUUUUAUUGUUUUACUUCCUGCUUACUAGAUCCUAUACAAGGGCCUGUAUUCUUGCCCCUUGUUAGUAAAAGCGGAAUCAUGUCUCCUUUCCAUCGGGUUUCAUAUUAGGAGGACCGGAAGCAGGGUUAAUGUAAUUUUUAUGAACUUGUGACAUAUAUCUACGGUUUAAUUUCUGUUAUUCUGGAGAUUUUGUUAUUGUAAACUCGAUCUAUGUAGUUGUUUAAUUUGAUUUUGAACAAAAGACAUGCAAACCCACCUCUACCUUUCGCGUGAUUCUGACGAAGAAGUUCACUUUGUGAAUGCUCCAGCAAUCUAUCCCUAAUAUCUGCUGUCUUUACCCAUCUGAAGAUUUCAACGUGUAAACAUGAAGUUAAAUAAUAUUUAUUUACAGAGUAUUUUUCCUGGAUGUGAAUUUUCAUGGAAAUUAUGAUUUUUUUAAAUAAAAUUUAAGUAACGGGAGUGAGCAUGUCACUAUGGUAUAAUAUGAGCCAAGAUGUAAAUGGAGACCCUUGGAAAAAAUAUGUGUACAAAGAGAAAAAGACCAGGUGUUCCAGGAGGGUAAGCAUCUAAUGUCAAAACCACAAGGCACACUAUAGCUAAUGAACAUGAUAAAAACAUUGACCUUCAUAUCGCACAAAGAAAUAGCGUAAGUCGGAGGACUUUUAUUUGAGGUCCUCCCAUAACAAAUAUUCUGGUGCUGCAGACUUCCCAAGUAGAUUAAAAUGUGUUGAAAGAAAAAGACAUAGUGUGAAGUGCUCAGUCCCCUUUGUCUGCUGAAGUUGUUUGGUUUUGAUUAAAUCUUAUUGUCAAGUCAAUGUUAUAUUUUUUGUAUCAUGUAAAUGUAUGCAGAGAAAACUUAA